AUGGAGUUUGCUCAUCAGAUCAAUGUAAACAACAAAGUGCAUUUCUACGAUAUUGAUGGCUACGAGACCAUCACAGAUGUUGAUGAUGUUACACUUGAAGAUAUUGUCAAAAUGCAACCCGUGGUAGCUAUACUACCACUAACAGAGGCAUUCCAGAAAUACGGCAAAAAUCCCAAUGUUAGAAUAUAUGAAUCUGUACCCGACUCACUUCCUAGUCGAGGUUUCCAUGCUGUUCUUCUCAUUGGAUACGGGAACCAUAAUGGAAGGCCGUACUGGGUUGUUCAAAACUCUUGGGGUAGUGGUUGGGGAUUUGAAGGGGGUUUUGGAUACAUAUACCGCCAAACAAAGAGAGGCAGACGUUCGGUGUUUACUGAAGUUCACUACCCCACCAAGAAGAAACGUGAUAGAGCUUGA